GCUCUAUUGACCUAAUCAGGUAUUCCCUCUCAUAGGAUCAAAGCAGAAUCAAUAAUCUUGACUAAAGCAGAAUUGAAUCAUGAAAACAUGCAUAGAUUGAAUAUGAACUUAAGAUUAUCAAGUCAGAGUAAUCAUACAAUCAUCCAAUCAAACAAACAUAGCUAGGGUUCCUCAAAACCUAAGUGAAGGGAAGUUACUCCAUAGAGAAGAGAGAGACUGCAGUAAGAAUCUUUAGAUGAUCAGUCUUCAAGUCCGGGCUUGUUCCUCGAGCUUCCAAGGCAAAGAAAUCCUCCAAUUCCACUCCAAGAAUGCCCUCAAAUCGCCCUCUCUCUCUUUGGUUCGUCCCUAGGGUGUUUGGGAUCCAAAACCCAGCUCUCCCUUGCAAAAACGCACAAAACAGGCUUUUAACAGCCUGUGUUCGCGAUCCCCGGUCAAAAUACCCGGUAGGGUAUUUUAGGUCACGACAGGGGAUUUUUUGGUUCACGACCGGGGAUUUUUGGGUCACGACCGGGGAUUUUGGUUCAUGACCGGGGAUUUUUGGUUCACGAUAGGGGAUUUUUGAAAACGCAACGUCUGGAGACAAGGGAAAAUCCCCUAUCAAGGCCAAAAAUCCCCUACCGGGGAUUUUAGUGUCACGAUAGGGCCCCCUUCUGUUUCUCAGAGAAGCCCGAAACCAAUUUUCCCCUAUCUUUGAUUCUUCGUUUCUCCCUCGUUCGAACUCCAAAUCAGGUGCCGUUUGAUCCUAGAUGGUCGUAUUCUCGUCCUCUUUCUUCUCAUGACAAGAUUACAUGAUUAUAUGGUCACAAACUGAGGUAGAAAUCCCUUCUUCUUCAAGUCAUACCCGAGUUUCUUCCCCCGAGUCGCCAAUUGAUCUCCGAUUGACUUGAAACUUGCGCCUACGCUUCACUUUAUGUGCUAGGACCUGAAAUGUGACAAAUGAACACAACCUAGCGUAAAAUAGGCCAAAGAAGCAAUAAUGCAAGCUUAAACGAUCAAGAAACAAAGGGAAAACAUGUGCAAAUAUCGAGUCAUCAAAUUCCCCCACACUUAACCGUUUGCUUGUCCCCAAGCAAACCUAACUCAAACCAAUGCAGCUCUCCAGACCUCUAUAGCAACAUGCACCCUCGAUCCUUGAUAGAGGAGUUUCUAGAUCAUUUAGCAGCUUACGAGGUCAACCGACGCACAAGUCAUCUCAUAGCUUCUUCGGUGAGAACGCUAGUUUCGAGUCGGCAUCAUGGCAAAUAGUGAUCAGAGGACAAAUGAAUCGUGGACGAAGAG